AUGGCGUUCCCGGAGCUGCUGGCGCGGCAGGCUUCCAUCUAUUCGCUCACGCUCGACGAAUUCCAGGCGACGUUCGCAGGCCCGUCGCACGCCGUCGCAUCCAUGGCCAUGGACGACUUCCUGCGAUCCGUCUGGCUCGCCGAGGAGUCGCAAAUGCUCGCCGCCGCGCACGCCGCCGGUGGCGCGGAUCCGCGCGCGCGAGACAAGGCCGCGGGGCUGCUGCGCGCGCGCUCGCUGCGGCGGCAGAAGUCCGCCGCGGCGCUUCCGCGCGCGCUGACUGCGCGGACUGUGGAAGACCAGGGGGAUGGGGAGGAGGCGAGUGGCGGAGUGGGCAACAGUGCACGGAGAGAGGGGGAGGGGGGAGCCGAUGGGGGCGAGGGGGAAGCGGGGGGGUCAACAGCGGGGCGGGGGGAAGGUGGAGGGGGAGGAGAAGGGGUGCAAGCAGGGGGUGCAGAUGAGCGGCUGGGGAGCAUGGGGGCGAAUGGCAGCAGUGCUGACGUGGCACAUGAUUCAAAAGCAAUAGCAGGGGGAACAGAGUGGUCGCUCCACCCGCAUGCAUGCAGGCAGGCAGGGCAGGCAGCGCAAGCAGCGCAGGCAGAGCAGUCACCCUUACAGCUUCACAGAUAUCAGCUUCACUCCCAGAAUCAACAGCAGCAGCAGAAUUUGCAGCACGGGCAGGGGCAGGGGCAGCAGGGGGGACAGGGCGGAGACAAGGGAGGGGGAGGCGAGCAGGCGAUGCAGCAGCAGCAGCAGGCGGUGGUGAAGAUGGCAGCAGCAGCAGUGGAAGACGCAGGGCACAGUAACGUGGCAUCUGUCUUCGCCGCCACACGCCACGCUGCCGCCGCCGCUGCUGCCCUCAACGCCCUCGGGUCGCUGGGAGCACUGGGGGGGAGCUCACUGGGAGCAUUGGGGCCGCAAGGAGGGGGGUUGCUGGGGUCACUGGGAGUGCAGGGAGCAAUGGGGUCGUUGGGAGCCCCCCCUGCUGGGCUUGCCAUGGGGAUGGGCGUGGGCGGAGGCAUGGGGAUGGGUGGGGGGAUGGCGCCAACUACGUAUGGUGCGGGCGCAGGUGUGGGCGCAGGCAUGGGCGCAGGCAUGGGCGCAGGCAUGGGCGCAGGCAUGGGUGCAGGCAUGGGCGCAGGGGGCCAGGGGGGACUUGCUGGGGCGGGCAUGGUGGCGGCGGAUGGGGUGGGGGGUGGGGGAGAGAGGUGGGGGGGCAGUGACGGCGGAGGGGGAGGGGGGCAGUCGGACACAGGCGGGGGGAGUGGGGAUGGGGACACUUUGAGCGGGGGCGUGGGGGGAGUGCGGGGCGGAGGGGGAGGAAGCGGAGUGGGGAGGGGGGAGGGGCGCCGUGGAGUUGGAGGCGAAGGUGGCGCAGUUGAAGGAGGAGAACCCUCCCCCUUCCCCCUGUCACCACAUGCCAUACCCCCCCUUUCCACCCUCCAGGCAUGCACAGUGGAGCUGGAGGCAGAGGUGGCGCAGCUGAAGGAGGAGGAUGAGCAGCUGCGCAACCCCACCCCACCAAGCGCGUACACAGUGGAGCUGGAGGCGGAGGUGGCGCAGUUGAAGGAGGAGAGCCCUCCCCCUCCCCCUCAGCCCCUUCCCCUUGUCACCACAUGCCCCCACUUCCCCCCCUUUUCAGGCGUACACUGUGGAGUUGGAGGCAGAGGUGGCGCAGCUGAAGGAGGAGAACGAACAGCUGCGCGCCCAGCCCUUCCCCUCUCCUUAACCCCGCCUCAGGCAUACGCAGUGGAGCCUGAAUGCGAAGUGGAGCUGGAGGCGGAGGUGGCGCAGCUGAAGGAGGAGAACGAACAGCUGCGCGCCCAGCUGCUGAUGCUGCAGUCGCAGACCCACGCGCACCCCAAUGUGGUGAGUCCACAGCUGCUGCUGCUGCAGACGCACAUGCACGCGGUGACUCAACAGUCACGUUUGGUUGAGUGGACAGCUGCGGCUGCUGCUGCAGUCACACUCGCAAAUGGGGAGUCAGCAGUCAUGUGUGAGUGCACUGCUGCUGCUGCUGCAGUCCCACACGCACGCGCGCGCGGUGCAGCAGCAGCAGCGGGUGGGAAGGAUGCUACUAGCAGCAAGUCACUGCAGCGGUCCAGAGGCGACUUAGGGUUCCACUGGCACUGCCAAGCUGUACGUCAGAGGUGUGGUGUGACUAUCAACCAAGCUGUGGUGGGGCAAGCUGUGGUGGGGCAAGCUGUGGUGGGGCAAGCUGUGGUGGGGCAAGCUGUGGUGGGGCAAGCUGUGGUGGGGCAAGCUGUGGUGGGGCAAGCUGUGGUGGGGCAAGCUGUGGUGGGGCAAGCUGUGGUGGGGCAAGCUGUGGUGGGGCAAGCUGUGGUGGGGCAAGCUGUGGUGGGGCAAGCUGUGGUGGGGCAAGCUGUGGUGGGGCAAGCUGUGGUGGGGCAAGCUGUGGUGGGGCAAGCUGUGGUGGGGCAAGCUGUGGUGGGGCAAGCUGUGGUGGUGGAUUUGAAACACCCUGUGGGAUCGCACGCGGCGCAGCAGGGCAGGGGAUCAAUUAAGUGA